ACUGUUAAUGGUCAGCUAAUCCCUCUCUUACUUGUCAUCACUAGACACGCGAGAGAGAGAGAGAGAGAGAGAGAGAGAGAGAGAUGGCAGCAACACCGUUAAUGCCUCAAAAUCCAAUGCCCGGAAACCCUAAUUUGGAUGGGAACCCGCAGCCACCACCACCUCCAGGAACGGACAUGACCGGUAUCUGCUUCAGGGAUCAGUUAUGGUUGAAUACGUACCCUCUCGAUCGAAAUCUCAUGUUUGAUUACUUUGCUUUGUCACCUUUCUACGAUUGGAGCUGUAACAAUGAACAAUUAAGGAUGCGCGCCAUACACCCACUGGAUAUCUCUCACCUCUCGAAAAUGACAGGCACUGAAUACAUGCUGACUGAGGUAAUGGAGCCACACCUCUUUGUUAUUCGAAAGCAAAAGAGAGAUAGUCCUGAGAAAGUCACACCCAUGCUUACUUACUAUAUCCUGGAUGGUUCGAUUUACCAAGCACCACAGCUUUGCAAUGUCUUUGCAGCUCGCAUUGGACGGGCUCUUUAUCAUAUAUCAAAAGCAUUCACCACUGCUGCCUCAAAGUUGGAGAAGAUUGGAUAUGUUGAUGCUGAGAAUGAGAGUUCAGCAUUUGAACCAAAGGGUGUAAAAGAGACAAUUGACUUUAAGGAAGUCAAAAGAGUAGAUCACAUUCUUGCAUCAUUACAGCGCAAGCUCCCACCAGCCCCUCCGCCACCACCUUUCCCUGAAGGCUAUGCUCCACCCGUGGGACCUGAAGCAGAAAAAGGUCCUGAAACACAGCAAGCAGCAGAAUCACAACCACCUACUCUUGAUCCCAUUAUUGACCAAGGUCCAUCCAAAAGGAUGAAAUUUUAAGAGCAGAUCAAUUCCCACCCCAACCCAACCCAAAAUGCGGAUAGGGAAGGUUUAUACAGUGGGCUCAAGAAACUAACGGAUAUGAUCCAGAUUCACGGAGCCCUCACUGAAAACUA